GCGAUAAAUAGCAGACGGACCACUUGGUACGUAGAGCGCAUGCGCUAAGGUCAAUAUGGUUACGGAAGUGGUUAUUUAACCAUAAAUUGAGAGCAAAUUUUGCACAAGGAGACCAACAGAGUUGUAUAAUGGCAGGAGAAGAAGAGGAGGCGAACAAGGGUUUCAGGCUGCUGGGGAUUCUUGAUGUGCGGAACACUCCGUGUGCCAGAGACGCCAUCCUGCAUGGAGCUGGAGGCUCGAUAACUGCUGGUCUGCUGCACUUUCUGGCGACAAGUCGGGUGAAGAGGUCUUUUGACGUGGGAUUUGCAGGCUUCAUGCUCACCACGCUCGGGUCCUGGUUUUACUGCAGGAUAACCAACGCUAAGCUUCGUGUGCAGCAGAGGGUGAUCCAGGACGGCAUUAAGAGCAAGGUCACAUAUGAAGGGACCGCUCUAGACCCCACAAACAAACCUGGAGCAGAAACACCAUCAAGACCCUCAUGACCCCCGGGACUGAAAUGCCUCCCCCUCCUUGUAAGGGCUGAGAGGAGAAGAGAGGACACUGUCAGUCCUACAAAGACUCAACAUCCUUUUCUUUUUUCUUUGUUGUUGACUGACGGACUUUGUCUGCACAAAUGAUGGAAGGAACUAAACUAUUUCUUGAACUGUUUUUUGUUUUUGUUUGUUUUCUGACGACUUAAGAGACAGCAACUCCAAACCUCUAGAUCUCAAAAUGUAGAAACCAAGAGAGUAACUUCAAUGAAUUUCAAUUUCGUAAUGUUGUUCCACCCCGACAUUAACAAAACAGAUUUACCAGAUACAUUUUCACACCGUUGAACACAGAAGAGGAUGACUUGCAGCUACGGUCCCCACCGUAACCAAACUGGGAACACUGUGGUUAUGUGGUAUACAUAGACCGCCAAGAUGCCCAGUUUUCUGUUAUGAAUCAGUGUCUAUCUGAUGUGACAUCACUGAUUGGGGCGUGGCCUAAUGUGUAACAUGCUUAAAGGUUUUAACCAGUAAAUGAGCUCUCUGUGAUCGAGAGUUGAAUCAGCCUUUGAAUUCACCUCAAACCUGCUGUUGAUUAUUGAAAAUAAACUCCAUGUUGAUGUAACUGUG